CGGCCGCCGCCGGAGGAGCCCCCGCCCCUGCGCGCCUCCCUCCCCGGAGCCGGGCCCCUGCCUCCCUCCGUGCGCGCUGCUGCUCGCGGCCGCCGCGGCCGCCGAAGAGGAGCCCGGGGCCAGUCUGUUCCCAGGUCUGGCUCGGGGCCGGGCGGCGGCGGUGGCUGCGGGAGAUGCCCGGGCGGCCAGCGGAGGCCCAUGUGGCGCGCUAGGUGGGACCCCGGUGUCCUGAAGGCCGAGGCCCUGGCCCUGCUGCCCUGCGGCCUGGGCAUGGCGUUCUCCCAGUCCCACGUGAUGGCCGCUCGGAGGCACCAGCACAGCCGGCUCAUCAUCGAGGUGGACGAGUACAGCUCCAACCCGACCCAGGCCUUCACCUUCUACAACAUCAACCAGGGCCGCUUCCAGCCCCCGCACGUUCAGAUGGUGGACCCCGUGCCUCACGAUGCCCCCAAGCCGCCCGGCUACACCCGCUUUGUCUGUGUGUCUGACACCCACUCGAGGACGGACCCCAUCCAGAUGCCUUACGGCGACGUGCUCAUCCACGCCGGGGACUUCACGGAGCUGGGGCUCCCGAGCGAGGUGAAGAAGUUCAACGAGUGGCUCGGGAGCCUGCCCUACGAGUACAAGAUCGUGAUUGCUGGCAACCACGAGCUGACCUUUGACCAGGAGUUCAUGGCUGACCUCAUCAAGCAGGACUUUUACUACUUCCCGUCCGUGUCGAAGCUGAAGCCAGAGAACUACGAGAACGUGCAGUCCCUCCUGACCAACUGCAUCUACCUGCAGGACUCGGAGGUCACCGUGCGGGGCUUCCGGAUCUACGGCUCCCCGUGGCAGCCCUGGUUUUACGGCUGGGGCUUUAACCUCCCGCGAGGCCAAGCGCUGCUUGAGAAAUGGAACCUCAUUCCCGAAGGCGUAGACAUCCUGAUAACCCACGGACCACCACUGGGCUUCCUGGACUGGGUCCCCAAGAAGAUGCAGAGGGUGGGCUGCGUGGAGCUGCUCAACACGGUGCAGAGGCGCGUCCAGCCGCGGCUGCACGUCUUCGGCCACAUCCACGAAGGGUACGGUGUCAUGGCAGAUGGGACGACCACCUAUGUGAACGCGUCUGUGUGCACCGUGAACUACCAGCCUGUGAACCCGCCCAUAGUCAUUGACCUCCCCACACCCCGGAACUCCUGACUGCCCCUGCCUUCUCCGCCCUUCCUGCCCACAUCAGCUACGUACGCCUGGCCGAGAGCACGGACCCCCAACCACCCUUCCUUCCAUGCAGACAACCUGUCUGGUCGAGGGGACCAGCCCAACGGAUGGGUUGAGGCCUUGGAAUGAAGAAAAUCACCCCUGACUCUUCAGCCUCGGUCACCUGGAGCCAGGAGCCUGCGGGUCCCUGUCAGGGGUUCCUCACUCAUUAUUCUGCGUGUACAUUUCCGCGUGUACCUUGUCAGAGGACCGAAAGAGCUUGUGGUCCCGUCCCGCUCGGGAGUUGACGGCCUCUUCGUCCUUCUCAGUCGGACACCCUCGUGGGUUUGGGAAGCUGCUGCUUCUGGACGGAUUUUGGAAGUUCUAGCACAAAAGCUCCCUCUAACCGAGGGUCUGUGUGGCUGCAAGCCCCAGGGUUGGGGGUGGGUGGGAGGUUUUGUAGCCGGGGAGCGAACAGCCCGCCCUCUCCUCCCGGGCUGGAGAGGAGACGGGCCUGCUUCACAGCCGAGGCCCUCGAGGGAGCGAUCAGGGACGUCUCAGGAAUUCGGACCGCACCCGGCCAGGCCAAUAAGCCGUCUGCCUCGCCUUGUGGCCCUGCUUUCUUCCUGUGGGCAUCUUUGCUGACUUGAACAGUGGCCUCAACCUCCAGGUACUUGCUCGGAGCCUGGAUGCGGGGGGUCGGUUCUACAGAACGAGCCAUGUCAGUGCCCAGGACCGGCUGGAGGGUUCCGGAGUCAUGGACGGCCCCUGGUCCCGUGCUCCGCAGAGCUCAACAGGCUGGAGGCUCUGCAGACUGAAGCCACGCUGCCACGUGUGUGUGCCCACGCGAGUGUGUGUGCACCUACACGCACACACACACACACACACACACAUACACACACGCACUUCUUAACUUGAUAAAGUGGAUCCCGUGUUUCUCACUACCGUCCUUGAAUGGGGUUCCAUCCCUCGGUGCAAUUUCCCGAGCACCCUUUGGGUUCUGUCUGGCGGGCCCACAGCUGAAGAAGGCUGAAUGGUUCCCAGUCCUUGUUGUCAGUGUCUGUCCUGUGAACGGGAGGGCGGCACGGUGGCAGAGGGGCCCUGGGCUCCGGCAGCUGCCCGCAGGGGGCUUCUCUUUUCUUUAAAUUAGGCCUGGGGGGUUUGGGCUGGGUCUCGGAGGGAGAGGGAGCCAGCAGGGUCUCGUUAGGUGAGGCCAGAGAGGCAGGGUCCCCGGGUGCAGGGUCAGAUCCUGUCUUUAUUUCCAGUUUUGAUGUUUUGUCCAUCCUGGCUAUUUUUCUGAACCGAUUUGGAUUUUUAAAAGACGUUGGGUUAAAUAGCAUCACAUUUCUCUCUCCUGCCAAGCUUUUUGGGACCCCCCCCCCUGCCCUCGCGCCUCUGGGAGGAGGGCCUUACUCACUUCACCCCAGGCCCAGCCCUUCACAAGCCCUUUGCAGAUACAAUCUCAUUUAAUCCUCAGGCAGUCCUGCAAGGUUAGCCCUGCUGGCCCCAUUUUGGAGAUGAGGAGAUGGAGAUCAGAGAGGUGAGGUCACUUGCCUGGGGGGGCACAGCUCAAAAGGGGCAGAGGCAGGCCUUGAGCCUUGGUCUCUGGCUUCAUAACCCCUGCUUUGCCACCCCCCCAAAGCUCCACCCCUACAAGGCACUUAUGUUUUAAGGGUCCGGUUCGGGACCCCUCCAGCUUGUUCCUCAUAGAGAGCCCCUGGGGCCCACAGAGGGAUCCUGAUCUCUGAGCCCAGCACCCGGCAUCCCUGGAGACCACGACUCCUUCCUUACUCACGUGGGGCUCCCCACGGGGCACCGUCCACGACGGGAGCCUAGCAGCACCGCCCUGACCGAGGCGGGCUGGGCUCCGUGGGGCACAGGACUUCGGGAGUCCGUUCGGGCAAGUGGUUCCUGGCGGCCGAGGAUGUUUACAAGGUCUCUGGGGAAACCCCGGAUGCAUGACCCAUGUGCACGCGUGGGGUGGAGAAGACACAAGGCCCUUUCAGACACCUCUACCGAAUUUCUAUGUGGACCAAGAACUAUAAACUUGAAAAAAAAUUUUUUUCCUAAGGUAUCUUCAGAAUAUGGUGUAUUUUUAUGUGGAAAAGAAAAGUUAUGAAGGCAGCUGUUACUUUGAAAGAAAAUUCAUUAAAAGUCCUUGAGGUAUGAAAGACAAUGGCGUGCUCCUCAAUCAUUUUGGCAUAACUUGAUUGUGGCUGUAAUUUUUUUUGUCAAGCAUGUCAGACAAUAAAGUCUUUGUAAAAAGAA